CCUUCACGCACCUUUACGCAGCGGUCACGUGGUGCCUCAGGUGUUAAUCAGGGGUCAAAGUCGGUCUGAGGAGGAGACGGUUCAACAUGGCCGGUGACCAGGUGAGCCCGUGACCCCGUGAACCCGUAACCCCGCCCUCUCUCCGGCAGAGGAUGGUUGCCUUCUCCAGCGUCGUGCGUGGAGCUUUCUAGCACCAGAAGUUGGUUUUUUUAUCCAUAUAUUUCUAUAUAUAUAUAUAAUAAACAUAAUAAACAUGAAGGUGACCUGUGCCAAAGGUGGCUUAGUGCGUGUCUGGGUCCUGUCCUGCCUCCUCUACCUGUUGUCCACCUGCACCUGUGGAGGUAUCCAGAGCUCAAGGAGCAACGGCGCACACCUGCAGCACCACCUGCACCACCUGCACCACAGGCCCCACCUGCACCACAGGCCCCACCUGCACCACAGGCCCCUGACAGACGAGCAGAAGUUGGACCAGAACCUGCAGUUCAUGCUGAGCCUGUACCGGAGCGCUGCAGACCCGGACGGGAGGCCCAAACAGCACCGCAAGUUCGGCUCCAACACGGUCCGACUGCUGAGGCCGACGGCGUCGUCAGUGCGCCACCUGCCGACCCCCACAGAUCACCACUACAGCUUCACCGUUCAGUACAACCUGGACACUGUUCCCUCAGAGCAGCUGAUCAGAGCCUCGUUCAUCCACCUCCGCUCUUCAUCCUCCACCUCCUCCUCCUCCACCCAGUCCCUCACGCCGCCCCGCUGCAGGGCUCAGAUCUCCUCCCUGGGCAAAGCCAGCCUGGUCACCCUCGAGCCCCACGAGCGGUGGACAGAGAUAGACAUCACCGCCCACGUCCAGCAGGGGGCGAACCGCGGCCCGGGGGGGAAACACCUGACCCUCACGGCCCAGUACUGGUGCACCGAGCCCAGGCACACCGAGGAGGACGCCGGCCUCUCUGGGUGGUGGUUCCGCCUUCAGAGGAGGAAGAGACGGAGGGUGGAUCCUCAUCUGGAGGUCCCGUCUCUUCUUUUAUACCUGGAGGAGGAGCGUGAGGUGAAGGACUGGAUGGGGGACUUGCUGGGGGUCAACGGGGAGAACAUCACGAGGCGAAUCGGGAAGUGGCAUCCGUCGCUUCGCCGCCGCCGCUCCAAAGACGCUUCACCUUCAGAAGCUUCACCUUCAGACGCCAAAGACACGUCGCUUGAUGUUCUAAAAAACGCCCCCUCUUCCUCCUCUUCCUCCUCCUCCUCUUUGUCCUCCAUCAUCCCCGACAUCCUCGACUACAAGCGCAAAACAAGCGUGCCCAAGAACCGCUGCAAGCUCCACUCGUUCCGCCUCUCCUUCGACGAGCUCGGGUGGGGUCACUACUACAUCGCCCCGCCGGUGUACAACCCGCGCUUCUGCCAGGGCAACUGCCCCAGGGUGCUGCCCUACGGCCUCCACUCGCCAAACCACGCCAUCAUCCAGACGGUCAUCAACGAACUGGGCGUCGGGGACGUGCCGCCGCCGUCCUGCGUGCCGUACAAGUACAUGCCCAUGAGCGUGCUGGUGGUGCACAAGAAGAAGGUGGAGUACCAGGAGCUGGAGGACAUGGUGGCCGAGUCGUGCACGUGUCGCUAGUGGGGGGGGAGAAGACUCAGAGACGCUUAGCACUAAGAGAAGACACUUUAAAAAACAAAAGUGGGGGAGGUUUGAUCUACAGCUUAACCACGAUGAGCUCCAGACUGGAGAGAGGAGGUCGUCAUGGUUACAGAUCUCCAUCACCCCCCCUGUUAAAGCACUUUAAAAAUGGCAGCUGCUGAAUGAAACUCUAUGGGAUUGAAUUUACUGAUUUAUUUCUCAUUUGCUGUUUAAAAGCACUUGUGCAGAUCCGCCGUAUUCAUAAUGUCAUUAAUGUAUUUUUCCUACUGAGAUUAAAAGGGGAGCUUGUAAAUGUGGACGCAUUUUUUUUAAGCCACCUAACUAAACUUCCAGGCUAUUAAAUUUAAUUCAACCUCUACAGUAACUUGAUCAAAUAGAUUUAAACAUCAGGGGUAGCUUUUUUUUUUUUUUU